AUGGACAGUCUGGAGAGCAGUCGUUUGCCCCUGAGCUGCAGAAGAGCAGUACUGACUUUGCUCCCAAAGAAGGGUAAUCUGCAGGUGUCGCUGCUCUGCAUGGACUACAAGAUCCUGUCCAAGGUGAGAGGGGUCAUGGCCUCGGUCAUCCACGUGGACCAGACGUACUGUGUGCCCAGCAGGCUCAUAGGGGAUAACCACACCCUGAUCAGAGAUGUUUUGGAGGUCUCCGGCUCAUUGGGAAUCAACCUGGGACUGAUUUCCAUGGACCAGGAAAAGGCGUUUGACCGGGUUGAACACCAGUUCCUCUGGCAGACCAUGACUGCCUUUGGGUUCAGCCCUGGGUUCAUCGCCCACAUCCGGACUGUGUAUUGUGACAUCAUGAGUGUACUAAAGGCCUUGAACCACCAGAGACUGUGUGACCGAGCAGACACUGUGUGGAGGUCACACCUGGGCACCGCCUUCAGCCCGGCCUGGGGGGCCCUGUACAAGCCCCCUCUGACCAAGAAACAGGGGGACCUGCAGUGGAGGCUGCUGCAUGGGGCAAUAGCAGUCAAUGCCUUUGUGUGUAGGGUGAACAGGGCUGUGGGGGAGGGCUGUCCCUUCUGUGGGGAGAGGGAGACAGUGUUCCACUGCUUCUGGGAGUACUCCAGCCGCAGCAGGAGGAGGGGGCGGCUGCUCAGUUUCCUCGUCGGUCAGGCCAAGAUGGCCGUCUACGUGAGCAGGAGGAGGAUGGUCCAGGACCAGGGUGAGAUCAGUCCCAGGGCUCUGCUGGUCCGGAUGGUCCAGGCCAGACUCAGGCUGGAGUUCGGUCUCUACAGGAUAAAUGGGGAUCAGGAGGGGUUUGAGGAGCGCUGGGGGUUCAGGGAGUGUGACGAGUCGGUGGACGCGAGUGACACCGCGCAGCUGGCUCUUUUCGUGCGUAUGGUGUUUGAGGACUUCUCCACCAAAGAGGAGUUUUUGACCUUGCUUCCACUAAAAACCUCCACCAGGGGAAUAGACAUCUACAACGUCGUAAAAGGAUAUGUGGUGGAUAAAAAGUUCCCUAUUAGAAAGCUGGUGUCCAUAACGAGUGAUGGAGCCCCUGCUAUGACUGGCCGCCACAACGGAUUUAUUGCGCAUUGCAAAGCGGACCCGGACUUUCCCAAGUUUUUGAACUACCACUAUAAUCAACUCCAUUCGACCAAAGGCAAAGCAACAUCGGAGCUUCAAAUUGUUCCUGGAGGAAUGCGCCGCGGAUCACGGGGAUCUUCUCCUUCAUACGGACAUCAGGUGGUUAAGUCGCGAAGAGAGACCCGCCCAGAGGAGAGAGACCUGCCCAGAGGAGAGAGACCCGCCCAGAGGAGAGAAAGGCACGCCCAGAGGAGUGAGAGACCCGCCCAGAGAAGAGAGAGGCACGCCCAGAGGAGAGGGAGCCCCGCAAAGAGGAGAAAGAGACACACCCAGAGGAGAGAGAGACACGCCCAGAGGAGAGGGAGACCCGCCCAGAGGAGAGAGUGA